AUGGCUCGAAUCAAUGCAAAUGUGAUACUGGUCUACCUACUCUACAUCACUCACGCUCAGGGUCAAGGCAUGGAUCAGAUCAAUCACUUUUGUCGCCGUCAUUCUCAUCGCACUACUGUCAUCGACAACAAGCUCUACAUCGACGGAGGGUACAUCAACUACGACUAUGAUGGCGUUAUCACGCCGGACACUGUCAAUUAUACAAACACACAGCUCAUCUACGCCGAUAUUAGUUCAGUGAACGAAGAUCACUUCCCUCAGGAAUACGCAAACCUGUCAAAAGACACCAAUAUUCCGUCGCUUGUUGGAGGCGCGAUUUGGGCAGACGAGGUGAACAGGAAGUUCUUCCUGUUUGGCGGCGAGUACAGGAAUGCCACUGCGCAGUCAGUGCCGUUGAGCUUCAACAAUAUUUACUGGUAUGAUACAUUGUCAGAUCAAUGGAGCACCAAUGAUACCACGACUUCCGGCAUCGAUCCUCCAUCAUACGGUGCAAGCACUGUCGAUCAGAAUCAAGGCAUUGCGUACUACUACGGAGGGUGGAGUAGCAACGCGACGAUAUCCGGAGAUGCAAAUGCUGCCAUGCAAAACACCUUCCUAUCUUACGACCUGGUACACAAUACGUUCAACAAACAUGCGUUCUGGGAUGACACGCCACGCGCAGAAGGAGGCAUGUUCUACAUCCCGGCUGGGGAUUCUGGCAUGCUGGUGUAUUUUGGUGGCAUACAACAAAAUUCUUCAGGCGACACGAGCGGCAUUCCCAUGGACACGAUAUAUCUAUACGACAUCGCUUCAGACAAGUUCUAUCAACAGCAGACCAGCGGGGAGACACCAGCAAUGCGACGACGCUUCUGCGGCGGCGUGAGUUGGCCGAAUGAUACAUCAUCGUACAACAUUUACUUCUUUGGCGGCCUUCAACCCGAAGAUCAAGGCAACGAAAGCUUUGGCGAUGCUUGGAUCCUGUCCAUUCCAUCAUUUACCUGGACCUUACUAUACCCAUCUAACUAUGGCGGGAGUCACCACUCCCUAACUUGCGACGUGAUCAAUCAUGGACAGAUGAUAAUCAUGGGUGGCUGGUGGUCGAAUGCAUCAUACACACCUUGCGACGCUGCUUCAGUAUGGGGCAUGCAUAAUUUGAACCUGGGAUCGAACGAUAGAGACCAUGUCCCAUGGUAUCAGUUCCUGCCGAAUCUUACCGACUAUACUCUGCCUCCAAAUCUCACAGCUGUAAUAGGCGGUAGUAGUACUGGUGGCGCAACAGUGGCCACACCUGCUACGACAGGCUUUUCCAACUCCGAUCUAUCCAGAUUGUUUCAGCUCAAGGCAACGACCAGCACUCGUCCUGCUACUCGUGAUAUUCCCACGGCGACUUCGGCGCCGGGAGCGAAGAAGACUGCCAGCUCCAAUGCCGGAGCUAUCGCAGGUGGCGUUGUUGGAGGCGUCCUGGGACUUGCUUUGGUCAUCGGCAUGGUUCUAUUCUGCCUUCGUCGCAGACGCAAAGCGAAGGAUAAGGAGAUGCAACAAGCGCCUAUGGCCGAGGCGCCUGAUAGCAUCGCAGCGCAGCAGUACCAUGCUGCCCACAAGAGAGACAUCAGCAACGGAACUCACGACAGCUGGUCUCACACCCCAGCUGGAUCUCCUCCAGUGCAGCAGAAUCAGUGGCAGGCACAGCACUUGAGAGAAGGCCUUCCUCAGCAGCAACCAUACUAUCCUCCACCGCCCCAAGCGCAACCUUUCUAUCCGCCUCCACCAGAACCAGAGCAAUAUGACCCUCCGAAUCUGACCUACGAGAUGCCUAACGUGAGAAGUCCUCUUCACGUCUCGGAUCAAAAUCGACCUGGAAGUUUGGGUCCAAACGCUUGGCGCACACCCAGCGCUGGAGUGAGAGGAACGAUCGGUGAAGAGUGA